GUUAUCAGUACUUGGUGACGAGAGAGUGACGCUGACGUUUUGGCGCUGGCUAGUUUAAAUAUUUUUCAUAGCGGCUGUUCGGAUAAAUAAAUAUUUCUAUUAUGUGGAGCAACUUUGAGGCUUCAACGGUGGAGGAUGAGACAAUCUCCAAUGCCUUUUCAUCGCGCAGCAUAUUCAAAAUUAGCAGCGAGGAUGAGGUUAUUAACGAACCCACAAUUCAGGCAUCGGUGCAAAGUGGUAAAAUGGUCAUAUCCAUUGACAGAAGUCUGCUCCUACUUGAGGACGAGCUGGUAGCCAAGUGCAGCUUCCUCAGCUUUAGCGCGCACAUCGAUGCGAUCGCCAUUUCUAGCAGUGGCAAUCUGAUUGUUUGUGGACUCUCCGAUGGCGAAGUCCAUGGUGUCUAUAUCAAGGGAUUGCUGCUGUUCAGUGUCUGUAUACGCAUUGAAGAUGUCAGCAUCUCAGUCGGCACGUUUACUAGUAUUCAGCAGUUGGGUCAACACUUUUACUUCAGCUGCAAAAAUGGCAGCGUUUACUGUCUUAGCAAGAUCAACGAAUCCACUUUAGAGUCGGUGUCCAACAUAACACUGGGUGAUAGUGAGCAAAUGACUGCUCUGCUGGACGAUGUCACCAUUCAACGCUCGUCCACCGGCAAAGCAAUGUCAAAUGUGGACACGGCUUUGCUACUGAAGCAGCCACAGCCAACUGCUCCUCACAGUUAUGCCGAAAACAACCAGGAAGCGGAUCAGCGACAGGAUUAUGAUCUUAUUGUAACAGGAGCACAAGGUGUCAUCCAUUUUAAAACUACUUCCAAGGAUACAUCUCGCAUCAACAUUGCAAAUCAGUAUGGCGGCAUUAAGGAAAUCUACAACGUAGAUCACUACAUCAUUGCCCUAACCCAGUCAGGUCACUUGCUGGAGAUUUGUCCAUUUACACGGACAGUCAACGUUUGUCAGUCCUCUCAAAGCCGUGCUUUGCUCAUCGAUGAUCUGCAGGUCAUGGAGUGCAGUGAGGAGAAUGUGGAGCUCUUAAUACUGACAAAGCCCACUACAGAUGGAGAACGUUUCAUUCGAAUUGUGGAAUAUCCCUCACUAAGAUGCAAGAACGAGGUGGAAGUCCCACAGCAUGCUUGGCUUGUGCGGCAACCUAAGAGUGCUGUUAAUCUUUAUUAUUUGGCCACGAAAGAGCUAAAAAGUAAUGCCAUUCCUUCAGAAGUGGAAAUGAUGAUGGUCUCUGAGACCGAUCCCAGUGACCGCUUUAAGAAACUCAUUGCCAAAGGACGCCUGGAAGAGGCAGAGGACUUUGGCAAGCAAUUUGAAUUGUGUCUGCAACCGAUCUUCGAAGCGAGAGCUAAACGAAUUCUGCUAGAACUUUGCAAUACUAGUGCAAACAUUGUGCAAGGCAAUGAAUUGGAUGCCAAGUUUGAAAUGUUACUAAAGCUGUUGGCACAAAUCGAGAGCAAAGCAUUCAUUAAGAACAAUCGCAUGAUGAACUUGAGUUCGCGUCACAUUUUGGAACGCUAUUUAAAAGAAGUCAAAAAGAGAUUGGACUUUGAGGAAGAUGAAGAUCAUUUGCUUGAAAUAGACGAGCAGCUGCAUCGUCUCAAAACAAUGGCCAUCAUAGAUCCCUACGAAUGCAAUAGCGAGUGGCAAAAAUUUGUUUACAACACGAAUCUGGUGAAAGUGAUCAAGGGCAUGUUCAACAGCGAUAUGGCUACCGCUUGCCUCAUUUGGCGCCGGCACUCGAGCAACAUUUUGCCGCAUCUCAAUGAGGAUGAAUUGCGUACACUGCUCGGCUUUAUACCCAGCGACACGGAGCCCCUAAAUGUAGUGCAGUGGUUGCGCCAAUUUGUACCCGCAGUGAGCAAUACUCAUCCAACAAUUAUGCCAUUUAUCACCGACUGGAGCAUCGAGCGGACGCGUAAGUUGCAGUACAGCGAUCAUUGGCCAGAAAUCGGACUGGAAUUCUCUACAAAAAUACUAGAAAUUUUCGAAGAGAUUCAAUUUAUUUACUCUGAUGUGCGACGGCAACAGGAGCGCAACAUUGGCAAACUUCGUGAUCUGGAUAAUGCUCUGCAGGAUUUAUCAGUAUUAAAAAAGCGUUAUAAACUCAAUUUCACGCUGGACAGUUAUAUGCAGGACUCUAUCGAUGCCACAGCGCUGCGCAUCUUGCAGCGUGUGCAUUUGGACAAUUUGCAGAGUCUGGUGCGGGAUUUUCUCUAUCCGAUCUAUCAGGAGAAGGGUCGCCAGCCACUGGAUGUGAUCAAACAGUAUAUUGCUCAAUUAGUGGCCAAUCGGCAAUCUCUUAGCAAUUGGUUAGAGCGUGCUAUAGCCUGCAUUGAGUUGCUCCACAAUGAGGAUAGUCGUUUGGAGUGUGCCCUCUCCAUAUUGCAAAAUGCGCCAGUUCCGUGGCCAGAAACAUUGGCGCCGCUUAUUAAAUUGCGAAACUCGACGCAUCCACUAAGUAUGAAGAUCAAUGCCGAAUAUGAGAUACAAGUGAUUAAGAUCAUGAAGGUCAAGUAUGGCUGGACAGCGGAUAAUGCCUCCGACAUCAAUCUGGAGCUGUUUAUGAUGCGCAUUGUUAAGCUUAAUUUACCGGAUAUGCUAAAGGAUAUACGCAUACUAACCAAAGCGGCGCCAGAGAUAUCCACCAGCGCCAACUUCAAUUGCUGCUAUCAAAUGUCGCGUCGUGGACAAAUCGACAUGGCCUACGAUUUCUUCAAGUCGCUGAAUGAUAAAACUAAUGCCAAGCAAGGCAACGAAGUUGUGGAUAUCUUGGCAAACUUACUUGAAAUGAGCUCCUGCACAGGCGAAGCAAAAGUACAGGAGCAUCUCAAUCUGCUGGAGUUUUUCAAAUUGCUGCUGCCUAGUGUGGAACCCGUGUAUAAACGUCGCUAUUUACUAAUCAAGCAUCGUCUACAACUGCGUCAGAAAUUCAAUAUACAGUUGAAUUGCAGCACUGAAUUGAUAUCGCUGCAGAAGCGUUUGGCGCUGUUGGAUGAGGGCAUUGAGCUGAUCGUUACACGAGCUCAGGCCUCGAUGAAUGUGUGCGCCUUGAUUGUCAACGAAAUGAGCGAGCUAUGCACGGCACUUGAUAUUGAAAAAGUGCACGGACUUUUGCGGAUAAGUCAAUGUAUUGGCUGCUUACCCUUGACCUGUGCAUUGGCUUAUUAUGUCAUCGAAUCCAUAUCCUGUGUGCCGACAAAUAAAAUGGACUUUAUCAACUUUGGCAUUGAGUUGCUAGUGCAGCAAAUGAACGACGGCAAGAGCCAGAAUCAUGAUACGCAUUCAUCGCUGCAGUUGUUGUCGGAGAACGAUCCAUUGUGCUUUCCACUGGUCUACGAGCUGCUGACCGAAGCAUUGCUGCAUGAGCGCAGCAAUCAAUGCGAUCUCACGGAGCUCAUUAAAUAUGUACGCGUCGCUGUUAUACACUAUCCGCUCGAUGCAGUCGAAGCUCAUUAUGCCGGCAAGGAGCAAGCCGUCAAUGAGCAAAUAUGUCGAGCAUUGGAUGGUGUACCAAUUGCUCUUGGCGAAACCACGCUCAACUUUUCCACUGCGGUGAAUAACUCCAUCGAUAUGAAACCUUGUAUAGAGCCAUCCUCCAAGAAACGCUACUCGGUCUCCAUGUUCGACGAAGUUGAUGUGCGGCCACAGGAAAAACCACAAUUAAAAAAACGCCUUAGCGGCAGUCUGCCUAUUGUUAAGUUCCUGGGACGCACUCUGCUGCUCAUGAUUCUGGAGACGGAGCCAAAGAAUUCGCUGUUGCUGCAAAUGCAAAUGUCGCUGCCGAAUAAUGUGAAGCAUGACAUCGAUGGAGCUCGCUCUGAUUUCUUUUUGUCGUUGGAGCACCUAACCAAGGCCAAGGAGCAUGAUGUGUGGUACAUUAUGUCGCAGUAUUUGCUAGAAUAUCAGAAGCACAAUCGCAGCAAAAAGAUCAUCAACGAGGGAUUCAUUACGAUUCAGUUGCGUCGCAUUCUACGCAAUGCCAUGAACAACAAAGAUGCCAAUCUAAUUGAGCUUUUUACCAUGCUGGUGGCGGAUACUGAAUCGCGUGCGUUGCUUGAAAAGCUGUCCUCGGAAGUGAAAACUGAUCAGCAAAAGAUUACAUUUCUUACACUUUCCGCUAUGUACAAUGAACACAUUGAUGAAAUGGAUAUUGUGCAAAAUUUGCGCGCCACGCGUAAUAAGUUGUACUAUUACUUGGAAUUCUGUCAACAAGAUCCCAGCAUUCGCGGCAAAUUCAAUCCAGAGAUGGACAACAUUGAGCAUUUGUUGAAUGAAUUCCAUAAUAAGCGACUUAAUGUUCAUUUGCUAGAACGCAUGAGCGCCAGCUUCAAAUUGGACUUUCAGCGCAUGCUCAUUACACAAAUCCUCAGCAUACUGCGUGCUCAAGAGCUGCGCUAUGAGAUCAAACGCGACUCGUUCGGCGAUGAGGAGUUGGUUGUGCUGAACAGUGUGCGUGAAAUGCGCGAAAUGUGUCAGCCAUAUAUCAAUCAGAUUCAGAACGUUAAGCUCUUCACCUCGAAACUAAACGAACUAAUUGAAGAGAUCAACAUAUACUUUUAUGAGAUGUAUUUGUGUGUCAUUGAGAUACUCAUGUUCUUUGAUGCAGCGCCCAAACAGAUGGAAAUCUGGAUUAAUAUAUUGCACUUUUUGCGUCAUAAAAUGGUGACACGACGCUGCUGUCGCGCAGGACAACAGGAGACAGACAUAUGGAUGCAGACGCAGAAGGACAAUGGUGUCUUGCCCAAGAUCGCACGCUAUCGAUUGCCCUUUAAGCCACUCGUGGAGCAUCCACUGCGCGACAUUUUAUGCAGAGAACUGAAUGUGGAUAAUUGCCAGAGUUGGUUCCCCUUAAUACUCAUGUACAAUGCUCUCAAGGAUUCUAGCACACCACAGAGCUGUGACUACUACAUCACGGCGGCAAUCACCAAUUCUAUAGCCGAGUACAAGUCAAAGAACGAUUCAGAAAGCUGGAGCCUGCAUCCCACAAAUAAUGCAUUCCUUAAAUCGAUUCUACGAUUGGUUAAGCAUGUUCAAAGUCCCAGCAAUGUCAUCUUCGUUUUGUAUUAUGUAGCGAGUUAUGCUCGCGAUGGAGCAGAUCAGGUGGAAGCCUUCUACGAGGGUUGGAAAUAUGUGAAAGCCAAUCAAGAAGUGCUUGAUAAAGAUCCCAAAUGUCAAGAGCAAUUGGCUAAGAUUAAACGCAUGUAUCCAAUACAUAAGACUCAACAUUUGUUGCACGUUUACGGACUGAGCGAAGAGAAACUAAUGCGAUUGGUUGAGAAUCCCACAGAACUCAUUCACAGUCUCUAUCAUCACGAGCUAAUACUCAAGUCCAGCAAGGUGGACAUCAAUGCACUGGUUAAAGAGAUUUGUGCGCUGCAUGAUCUUAGUCUGGAUGCCAUACAAUUUAAGCUGCUACAGAAGUGGCUCUCGGUCACAAUGGAGCCAGCCGAUGGGACCAUUAUGGAGGAAACCUUUCUUGAGGAUCAGAAUUGGCCGGAGAAUGGCUCUAACGGCAAUUGCAAUGGCGAUGAGACUGGUACUGCUAGCGAGAAUGUUGUACGUGCAUUUUACAUACUCAGCAGCUGGCCGAAGUCGGAAGCUGUGCAGUUCCUAGUGGGUCUAAUCUUCAAGGGAGGAUCCAUGAACACCUCGCAACAGCUGCAGAUGUACGAAUGUUAUUCCAAGCUCAACGACGGCAGCACUUCGUUUAGCAAUACGCUCAGCCAGCGUCAGUUCAUCACCAUCAAAUGUGUCCACGAAUUGAAAGCUCUUGGCUACAACUCGAACAUUGAGAAGUUUGCGGAUGAGAAUUGCGACAAGAUCAGUAUUAUUAAAAUGGUCUGGCAGCGCAAUGCACAGAAUCCGCUGUCACUGGAAGUCAUGGCCAACAUUUGCCUAGGAUUCGACAUACAUUUGCCCAAAAUUUGGAAUGGCAUCAUUAAGCGAAUGGUCAUGUUUAAUAUGGUGCGUGAGCUCAACGCAUUGGUCGAUGUGCUAAGCUGUCGUCCAGAGCUGCUGCAUCUCGAUGGUCUGGCACAAGCCUGGAACUGUGUGCUAUGCCAUCCGCUGAAGAACGCGGUGCCGACAAGAUCGUGUGCACAGGAGGAACGCCUGCAGAAGACGUUGAUUCGCCUGCAGGGUUGUCCGGUAGUGCAUGCCCUAAACCUGCUGCAAUUUGCCGAGCUCUGUGUGCUCGUGCGUCGCCCACACAUGGCCGCCAUAGUGCUGAUCUUUUGCCAAAACGAUGAGCAACGCGCAAAGAUUGUCAAGCUUAUCAGAUCACGUCAUGUGGAUAAUCUGCGUCAGGAUAUUCUUGAACUGGAGGAUGCCGGCCUGCUGCCAAUGGUGCUUAACUUUGCGCUCAAGGAAUUGCAACUCUAGAGUGUAGAACAACAUGUUUUUAGUACUUUUCAAAUUUGUUUACUUGAAAUACAUAUGAACUUUAGUUCCACAGAUGGUCAAACACGUUUUCCAUCAGACACUGGUAAACCAUGAAGGUGACAGCCACGUCGAUUCCCACACGCAGCAUCUGGAUAGUCGAAGUCAUGAAAAAUUUUCCAGGUCCAAAGACUUGUAAUUCCGUGGCAGCAUUAUCCAAUACCUUCUUAUACUUUUGCGACUUGGCAGCCUGAAUUCGUUUCUGAAUCCAUUUCAUUGGGAUGUGACCCAGUACAUUAGCAGCGCCAGAUAUGACACCAAAGAUGGCCAGCAAUGGCAUGGGUACCAGCGAGUUUUCAUCGUCGCCCAUGUACAUUUCUUUUUGAGUGAUCAUCAGAAAGAAGCGAAUAGCCUGGUUGGUGCCCUGUCUCAAUACUGUGAUCGACACUCCCCUAUAAAUACCACGAAUACCUAACACAACAUAUAAUUAGCUUAAUCGAAAUGCAACCACAAAAAUUGAAGCUACCUUCCCGUCUUAAGAUGUGAGUCACGCCAUGGAGCAUACCAUGAUAACGUGGACGAGGUAGAUGCAUAUCGUUAAUAAGCUUCAAUCGAAUGGUUCUCAAAGGAGUUACGGCUACCACAGCCUCUGUGACGCCCGCCAAUAAACCAGAUAUAAAUACAUUCAACAUGGAAAUUUUGCCAUUCUCAUCAUGGA